AUACUCUGAUUUAUUAUCUUUCUCUCUCGCUCCCGACGGCGUUUACCAGUCUUUUCUAUCUCCUCUUUCAGCUUUUUUUCUCUUUCUCCCUCCCUUCCACUCGCCUCUUUUCCGCUCCCAGAUUCUUCUCACCUGAAUUUUCCCUGGAAAGUUGGCCAAGAGGAUAAAAAGUUUCGUUUCCCUUCUGAAUUGAUAUUUUCGGAAACCCUAGAUUACCUCGAUUGUAGAGCUUUUUUUAGAUGGAUUUGGCUGCAUAUGCAUUACCUACCUCGAUUCUUUAGUCGUAGAAGCGCGAUGUAUUCGAAGAGGAGCCGGAGUAAGCCGAGACUCGAGCGCCGCAAUGCAGCGAAGCACAUCGACUACGAUGCAGCGUCGUUUUCUUCGUCUCUCGAUGAUACCUCUUCAUCUUCUUCUCUAAUCACGCGAUCGCUCGAUUUGUCCGAUAAAACCAGCUUCCGUAUCCAAGGAACAGAGGGAGAGUUCGACCUUAUUUGUCAGACCUUGGGCCUUUCUGGUCCUGAAGAUUUUUCCAUUCCAGCCGCCGCUUGGGAGUCCCGUAAAAUUCGAUCCUCGUCGGAUCUUCUGCCUCGGUCCAGAUUGAACCGGCUGGAUAGUCCUGAGGAAGAGACAGGCAAGAUAAUUUUAGAAGACGGCACCGAAGUAACAGUCUCUGAAUUAACUGAUAGGGUUUUGGCUUCUGCUUUGACCGAGGAUGACUCGCCCGAGUUGAAGUUAAAUGAGUGCUGCUGUGAUGAUAGAAACUUGGUUGAUGUUGCUACUUCAACUGAAUUGAAGUCAAAAGCAUGCUGGGUUUCGAAUGUUGUCGAUGGAGGAGGGAAUUAUGGAAUUAAAGGGAUUAGGCCACCGGGUUUAAAGCCACCGCCGGUGAUGAAGCUACCGGUAGUGGAUAGCGCUUGCUCAACUUGGGAUCUGUUUAGGGAUUUCGCCCCCGAAGAUGAUAAAGGGUGUAUAGUUCAGGUUCACUUACAUUCAUCUUCCGAUGAAGAAGAAGUUAAAGGAGAGAAGGACAGGGGUACUGAAGAAAAUGCUAAGGAGGAGGAUAAUUCAAUGAGAAUCGGAGAGACUGCAGUGCUUUCUGAGUCGUGCUCGUUUAUAACUUCAAAUGAUGACGAUUCUUCGAGUUCUACCACAGAACCUAUGUCAAACAUUUCCCCUAACGGUAGGUUCAAAAGAACAAUUACUUAUUGGGAGAAAGGUGAGCUUCUGGGGCGUGGAUCAUUUGGAUCAGUUUUCGAAGGGAUUUCUGACGAUGGGUUCUUUUUUGCCGUGAAGGAAGUUUCAUUGCUUGAUCAAGGAAGUCAGGGUAAACAAAGUAUUAUCCAACUUGAACAUGAGAUUGCUCUUUUAAGUCAGUUUGAACAUGAAAACAUAGUUCAGUAUUAUGGCACAGAUAAGGAUAAGUCAAAGUUAUACAUCUUUCUUGAGCUUGUAACCAAAGGAUCCCUUUUAAAUCUAUAUCAGAGGUAUCAUCUCAGAGAUUCUCAAGUCUCUGCAUAUACAAGACAGAUUUUGCAUGGAUUGAAGUAUCUUCAUGACCAAAAUGUGGUUCACAGGGAUAUCAAGUGUGCAAACAUAUUGGUGGAUGCAAGUGGGUCAGUGAAGCUUUCAGAUUUUGGGUUGGCAAAGGCAACCAAGUUUAAUGAUGUUAAAUCAUGCAAAGGGACAGCAUUCUGGAUGGCUCCCGAGGUUGUCAAUAGGAAGGGUCAAGGGUAUGGACUUCCUGCUGAUAUAUGGAGCCUUGGUUGUACUGUGUUGGAGAUGUUAACACGUCAGAUUCCAUACUAUUAUUUGGAACAUAUGCAAGCAUUGUUUAGAAUUGGCAGAGGUGAGCCACCUGCGGUUCCUGAUUCUUUGUCGAAAGAUGCACGAGAUUUUGUCUUGCAAUGCCUACAAGUAAAUCCAGAUGCUCGUCCAACUGCUGCUAAACUCUUGCAGCAUCCAUUUGUGAAGAGGUCUUUUCCCACACACUCAGGCUCAGCAUCUCCUCAUCUUGGUCGUCGGAUAUGAAUGUUUAGCCAUGAUGCUAAAUUGCAACAACUAAUCAGAAAGUUACACAUUCACGGAGUCUAGUUACUGCAUGCAGCUCCGUCCGUCAUGAGGAAGAAGACAAGUUUGCCUCCUCGGGCUCUGAUGUUGCUACCUUUAGUUUUGCCCCUAGAGACUCUUAAAGAGUCUCAAACCUGGUAGGCAGAAAGCAAUUCUGAAGCUUUGGCUAUGGUCUAAUGGCAUUGACAUUAGAUUUAACUAUCCAUGACCAUGAACCCACGAUGAAGCUGUAGAGAGCUGAGCUGCUCUUAAUGUUAAAAUUAUUUGUUAUAGUUUUGUCAGGUCUGGGAUUUGAUUUAGCCCUUAUUUUCUGUAGAUUUUUUUUUGGGGAUUUGGGUGAAACAUUAGCUGUAGGGGAAAUUGUUGUAGCAGUUAGAAAGUUUGUAUAUAUGUAUCUCAUUAUUGGUGCAAAAAAUAAAUACUAGUUUGCUCUAUGUGUUGAAUAUAUCUAAUACUGAGAUUACGAGAAUUACGUCA